AUGGCCUGCCUCAGCUGCUGCUUCAGUGACAGUAAGAAUUGUGGGCUCGCCGGCGGCACCAGCGUGCUGGAUUUGCAACCACGGCGCCGAUACCACAGCUGGCUGGACCGAAACCCUUACAAGGACCCGGAGACUUCGGAGCUCGGAGACGCCGCCGCCGACCACGCGCCGUACAUUUCGCGCCUUCGCCCGAGCGUCGCCGCCGCCGCCAUGACCUUCAAGCGCCGGAACGGCGGCCGCAACAAGCAUGGCCGCGGCCACGUCAGGUUCGUCCGCUGCGUCAACUGCGGCAAGUGCGUCCCCAAGGACAAGGUGAUCAAGAGGUAUACGUGGCGUAACAUCGUGGCAAAGGAGAACAUCAGGGAUUUCACGGAGGCGUGCGCCCUUGAAGGUUACCAUCUGCCCAAGAUCUACAUCAAGGAGCGCUGGUGCAUAGGCUGCAUCAUCCAUAAGAAGGAAAUCGGUGUCCGCUCCCGUAAGGACCGCAAGAACCGCGCACCACCGGAAAGAUUCCGCCGCAGGGAACUUCCAAGACCUGAGGGCCAAGCUCCUCGUCCUGGUGGCGACGGCAGGGGUCCUGGUGGUGUCGGCGGUGGUCCUGGUGGUGCUGAUGGUGGUUUCGGCGCUGGUGGUCCUGGCGGUGGUGCUGGCGGUGGCUUCGGCGCCGGUGCUCCAGCUCCCAACGUCGCAGGCGGUUGGCCCCAGAAUUAGCUUCCUAGAGUGCUCUGCUUUUGAUCAGUCUUUAGUAAUAUCUAGCAUGAUGCCAGUAUGUUGUUCUGUCUAGUCUUACAUGGCCGUAUGGUAUCUUACUCGUUGCACUUUGACCGCCUAUAGUGAACCAUGUGUUGCUCUUUUGGUAUUUUCCUGGUAAACACCCAUGAGAGUCCAGGUAAUGGAUGAGUUCUCUACUUUUGUUCAGUCUACUACGUAGAAGAUUCAGUUAAGAGACCAAAUGUUGA